AUGGGCGUCAAAGGCCUGCAUUCGUACCUCGAGCGGAAGCUGAGCGCCGACGCGUACCGGCUGCCACUCUCGGAGCUUCCGCGUCGCACCGGCUCGGACGUCGUCGUCGUGGACGGCAUGGCGCUCAUCCGCCGGCUGUACCCGAUGGACUUCGACUGGGUGGGCGGCGGCCAGUUCCAGGCGCUGUACCUGUCGGUCGGCGAGUUUGUGCGCGCGUGGUCCGCCGCAGGCCUCCGCCUCAUCGUCUUUUUCGACGGCGGCGUCGACGAGGCGAAGCUGAGCGAGUGGCUCUCGCGUCGCUCGCGCGACCUAGCGACGUGCGAAAAGGUUGCCGCCGCGGUGUCGCGCGGCGAGGCGGUGCGCGCGAGCUCGUCGUGCUGGGUCCCUCCGCUCUACGUAUCCAAGUGGAUCGGCGCCGCCUUCCGAGCACACGGCUGCCGCGUCGUCUACACGGCGGGCGAGGCGGACCGCGCCAUCGCCGCGCACUGCGUCGGCCGGCGCUGCGCGGGCGUACUUGGCAAGGACUCGGACUUCUUCGUCCUUCCGGUGCCGCUCUACCUCGCGCUCGACUCGCUGCGCGAGCGCGGCGCGACGCCGUCCGUGGUCGCCUACCCGCGCCAGGCCGCCCUAGACGAUGAGAUGAAACAAAAUGAGAUGACGUCGACCCGUUGUGGAUGCAGGACGGAGUCUUGA